UCCGGCUCUGGCGCUCCCUUUGACAAUGGUGAUGAAGAAUUGAAGGAUGACGUGGAAGAGUUUGCGAGCUCCGGAGGUCCCUCGGUGAGCCAAAACAAUCGAGCCCAAUGGAAUGAUGCUAAUAGUGCUUGCUUGUUAGAAUUGUGCAUUGAGCAACGUGCAGCAGGAACAUAUAAUGGUGUAACAAUGACUGCUGAAGGGUACCAAGCUGUUAUGGACGGCUUACUUGCUAGAAGGGGGUUGGUGUAUUCCCGUGUGCAGGUGAAGAACCAGAUAGGCGUACUCAAAAACACCCACUCCUUUUGGCGAUACAUGCAAGUGCACACAGGGUUGGGGAGGAAACCAGAUGGAACCAUUGAUGCCGACUCUGAGUUCUGGAUAACACAGACAGAGAAAAAGCCAUACCUAAGGAAGUUGCAGUGGGGUCCUCCAGCAAACGAGGAGUUGCUUGAUCAACUGUUCAGAGGUUGCACCGUGGAUGGAAGCACAGCCUUUGUGCCUGGAGAUGAUUAUGGUCAGACUCAAGGGCAAGAUGCAGGGGCAGAAGAGGAGUUUCAAGGAACACCUACAAGUACAAGCAACCAGAGGAGACAGAGGGGCAAGUGGUCAUUAAGCACUUCAAGCACUUUGACUAGUCCAUUGAAGAAGAGCAAGAGCCCAAUGGUGAAAAUUGUCAAGGACAUAGCCAAUACCUACAAGGAGUCUGUCGCAGCCAACACUAAGCAAAUGCAGAAACGUGCAAAUGAGAAGGCUGCAUUUUCUGUGAAGAGGUGUCAGGAGCUGGCAUUUGAGUGCGGUGUUCAGCAAAUAGUUGACUCUGUCUAUGCUAUGUCCAAGAUGUUCGAAACGGAGUACCAAAGGGAGUUCUUUUGUGGCCAAUUAACUCCUGAGCUUAGGUUGGGUUACUUCAAGAAAUGGUGCAGAGACAACAAUUUGGAGUAGUUGGGAAGUGUGUGUUAAGAUGUUGAACCUAUUUAAAUUGUUGUAUGUUGAACCUGUCAUGUGUUUGUGAGGCGUUGAACUAUUAUUUGUGUUGAACCUAUUUUGUUUUAUC